AUGAAUAGAUUAGGUUUUGCAGAUUUUCACGCCAAGCACUUUGGUCCAGAACAACAAGAAUAUUGGAAACAGUUUUUGAGGAAUCAGCAACAAUACUACCAUCAGCAAAGUGAUGAGCAAUCCUCUCAAUUAACAUCUGAUUACUCUUACUACUACAAUCAUAACAAUGAACCUACUGAUUUAGAAGAGGAACAGGUUGAGGUCGAUAAAACCAAUGACGAUUAUGGAUUAUCAAAAGAAGCAAUUGAGAUAUUUAGGUUUUCAGAAGCUUACAGAAAAGAACGUGACGAAGAAAGAUUAAAGCAAGAGGAAGCGGAUCAAGUAGGUAAAGAGGAUUGGAAAUUUGAUGAGUCUUCUGUGAUAUGUAGCGGUGGAUCUGAAGCCCCAGCAACUUGCUUAGUGCUCACACAAAAAAGCAAGCAGCAAUCAGAAAAUUUGCGUAUGAAAGAAGACAUAUUAAAUUCAGAAUACCUAUCAAGCUGCACAAACAAGGACACAGAUGCCCCUGUCGUGCUUUGGCCUAUACUUCCUCUAAAGCUGUAG